UUGAGGUGUUCUGAUCGAGCACGUAUAAUCAUUUAGUGACAAACAUCCACCGGUAACAGUUCCUCCUAGAAAGCGAAUUGUAGAAGUUGCCGUACUGGUUUUCCGAUUGGACCCGUGAUCCUAGUGUCAUUACACCCAGUUUUUCACAUUCGACCAUCAAGUGCCUAGAAGCAUGGCCGAAGAGAACAAGCAAACCCCAGAAGCUCCAGCUCCGGAAGCUGCUCCCGCCGCAGCCGCUCCGGAAGUCGCUCCGGAAGCCGCUCCUGAAGCUGAGAAGGAUGUCGGCGAGGAAGAGGUGGCGUUGGAAUCCUCAGACGCUGAAUCGGAAGUAGAAGCUGUGCCUCAAAUAUCGCCAUUCGAACGGUUGAAGCAGUUCCUGGCGGAAACGAACAACUUCCUAAACCAGUACGACGAUCUGGUGCAGGCGAGGGAAAAGCACAAGAGCAUCUAUCUGCGCACCGUGAAUGAACUGCGCGAACGUCUUGUCGUUCUGCUCCAUCGUUACAUUCUGCACACGAUGCUCAAGGAGGACUUUCUCUACAAGCACAUCAUCUGCUGUGGCGAGGAAGAAGUAGUUUUAAACACCGAGGAAUUCGAUGAACAUUACGAAGCAGUCCACAAGGAUGCUGACAAAGCCAUUUCCCUGCCUGAGCUUGCCAUCAUCCAGCAGUACUCGGAAUCCGUCCAGACGUACAUCGAACUGGGCAAGGCCAUGAACAAUGAUCUGAUCUUCUCCCUGAAACGGCUACUGCGGAAGAGCAAUUCCGUCCUUGCGGGUCACCUUGGGUGAGCGCAGUGAUCUGAUGGGACCAUCUAGCUUUAGCUUUUAAGACGUUCGAUGCGGUAGUACUUGCAAUCGCUGCGACGAACCCAAACCGUCUCAUUAAUCGGAGGAUGCUACAUCUGGUGGUACCUGGUGUAGAGCACCCAAUCUAUCAUAUUCAGCUCUCUAAUUUGUAAGCCUGUGUUUUCAUCGAUGAAUAAUAAAUGUUACCCUGGAAAUUUAA